AUAAUGGAUCUUCUUCAAAGGGAAAAAGAUAACUACGAUUCUAUUGGCAUGUCAGAAAGCGAUAUCAAAAAGGCCAUAGCAGCUACGAGUAUGGAUUUACUACGAAAGGAUCUCCAAUUUCUGGUAAAUGAAGGUCACAUUUAUAACACAACUGAUGAUGAACAUUAUGCUUUAAUCGAUUAA